UCAAUGAAAUCUCGUGUCCCUGUAUUAAGGGAUUAAGAAGACCAAAGAAGUGGCCAGACAUACUGAUGGGCUCUGUGGGUGAGCUCUGCUAUCAUACCAUAACAAUGGAAAAACCAGCAACUGGAGAACUGGCCUUGGAUCCUUUGGUCACUUGCAAGCUCUGCCUUUGUGAAUAUUCUGUGGACAAGAUGACCACUCUUCAGGAAUGUCAGUGCAUUUUUUGUACAUCGUGCCUGAGACAGUACGUGCAGCUGGCAGUUCGAGAAGGAUGUGGGUCUCCCAUCACCUGCCCUGACAUGGUGUGCUUAAAUCGUGGUACCCUACAGGAAUCAGAGAUUUUCUGCUUGGUACCAUUGGAUCAGUUUCAGCUCUACCAACGGUUGAAGUUUGAACGAGAGGUCCAUUUGGACCCUUGUCGGACAUGGUGCCCUGUUGCUGACUGCCAGACUGUAUGCCAUAUUGAACAGAGUGAUUCGGGACAACCCACAAAGGUUGAAUGUCCUUCUUGUCACUUGACGUUCUGCUCAUGUUGCAAAGAUACCUGGCAUGCUGAUCGCUCUUGUCGGGACAGCCCGCCGGUUGUUGUCUUGCCAACAGAACAUGGAGCCCUCAUCGGGGUGGAUGUGGAAGCUCCCAUUAAGCAGUGUCCUGUUUGCCGAGUCUACAUUGAACGGAAUGAAGGCUGUGCUCAGAUGAUGUGUAAGAAUUGUAAGCACACAUUCUGCUGGUACUGUCUCCAGAACCUGGAUAAUGACAUUUUCCUCAGACAUUAUGAUAAAGGACCCUGUCGGAAUAAACUGGGUCACUCCCGAGCCUCUGUGAUGUGGAACCGAACACAGGUUGUUGGAAUUCUUGUGGGAUUGGGCAUCAUAGCCUUGGUGACCUCACCUCUGCUGCUUUUGGCUUCUCCUUGUAUCAUCUGCUGUGUUUGCAAAUCCUGCCGGGGCAAGAAGAAAAAACACGACCCACCAACUACCUAAAAGCCUCCCACUUGUGGGCAUGUAUGUGAGGUGGCCUAAGUGAGGAUCUGGUUAUGGUGCCCUCCUUAGCAGACUCAUCUCCUUAUCCUUGCCAAUCUUUGGAAGUGCCUAAUGUCUACAGGUUUUGAACUUGCUUGCAAGUCUUCAAUAAGGGGAAAGGCUAAGCUUUGUGUUGCAGUUUGAAGAAAGCCUGGUUGUGAAGCCCAUGCAAUGAACGUGGAAU